GUUCAACAUUAACCUGGAGGGGUCAGGACGAACCCUCAGAGUCCCAGCAGCCGACACACUAUGGCGCACGUCCGCGGCCUGUGGCUACCUGGCUGCCUGGCCCUGGCUACCCUGUUUGGCCUUGUGCACAGCCAGCAUGUGUUCCUGGCCCCUCCGCACGCAUUGUCGCUGCUCCAGCGGGUCCGCCGCGCCAACAGCGGCUUCCUGGAGGAGCUGCGCGAGGGCGACCUGGAGCGGGAGUGCGUGGAGGAGCAGUGCAGCCACGAGGAGGCCUUCGAGGCCCUGGAGUCUUCCAGCGCCACGGAAGCGUUCUGGGCGAAGUACACAGCUUGUGAGUCGGUGAGGAAACCUCGAGAAAAGCUCGUUGAAUGUCUGGAAGGUAACUGCGCCGAAGGUCUGGGUAUGAACUACCGAGGGCACGUGAACUUUACCCGGUCAGGCAUCGAGUGCCAGCUGUGGAGGAGUCGUUACCCACACAAGCCCGAAAUCAACUGCACCACCCACCCUGGGGCCGACCUGCAGGAGAAUUUCUGCCGCAACCCGGAUGGCAGCUCUUCCGGGCCCUGGUGCUACACCACGGACCCCACCGUGCGGAGGGAGGAGUGCAGCAUCCCCGUGUGUGGUGGGCACGGCGUCACUGCGCAGCUGACCCCAUACUCCAGCUCCACGAAGAAUCUGUCACCUUCCUUGGAGUCAUGUGUCCCUGAUCGUGGCCAGCAGUACCAAGGUCGCCUAGCAGUGACCACACAUGGGUCCCCCUGCCUGGUCUGGGCCAGCAGUGAUGCCGAGGCCCUGAGCAAGGACCAGGACUUCAACCGGGAGGUGAAGCUGGUGGAGAACUUCUGCCGCAACCCAGACGGGGACGAGGAGGGCGUGUGGUGUUACGUGGCAGGGAAGCCUGGUUUCUUCGAGUACUGCGACCUCAACUACUGCGAGGAUCCACUGGAUGAGGAGGCGGAAGACCAGUUCGGCGAGGACCCGGACGCGCCCAUCGAGGGACGCACCACUGACGAGGACUUCCCGCUCUUCUUUGAUGUGAAGACCUUCGGCUCUGGGGAGGCAGACUGUGGGCUGCGGCCUCUGUUCGAGAAGAAGUCUGUAGAGGACAAAACGGAAAAGGAGCUUUUGGAUUCCUACAUUGACGGGCGCAUCGUGGAGGGCUGGGACGCCGAGCUGGGCCUCGCACCCUGGCAGGUAAUGAUUUUCCGGAAGAGUCCUCAGGAGCUGCUGUGUGGGGCCAGCCUCAUCAGUGACCGCUGGGUGCUCACAGCUGCCCACUGUCUCCUGUACCCGCCUUGGGACAAGAACUUCACUGAGAAUGACCUUCUGGUGCGCAUUGGCAAGCACUCCCGCACCAGGUACGAGCGAGGUGUUGAAAAGAUCUCCAUGCUGGAAAAGAUCUAUAUCCACCCCAAGUACAACUGGAGGGACAACCUGGACCGGGACAUCGCCCUCCUGAAGCUCAGGAGGCCCAUUGCGUUCAGCGACCACGUCCACCCCGUGUGCCUCCCCGACAAGGAGACCACAACCAGAUUGUUCCACGCUGGAUACAAAGGGCGGGUGACGGGCUGGGGCAACCUGAAGGAGACGUGGACGGGCCACAUCGGAGAGGUGCAGCCCAGCGUCCUGCAGGUCGUGAACCUGCCCAUCGUGGAGCACUCAGUCUGCAAGGCCUCCACCCGCAUCCGCAUCACCGACAACAUGUUCUGUGCUGGUUUCAAGCCCGAUGAAGGGAGACGAGGGGAUGCUUGUGAAGGUGACAGUGGGGGACCUUUUGUCAUGAAGAACCCCUUUAACAACCGCUGGUAUCAGAUAGGCGUCGUCUCAUGGGGUGAAGGCUGCGACCGAAAUGGAAAAUAUGGCUUCUACACACAUGUGUUCCGCCUGAAGAAGUGGAUACAGAAGGUCAUUGGUCGGUCUGGAGGUUAGGGGGCCAGCCCCAUCCUAGGCUCCUCUCUGCAAAAUCCCAGACACCAAUGCAAAGCAUUAUUUUUGUGGUUUGUUCUUGAAACUAUAGCUCUCAAUAAAAGUGACUGUCGAUGAGCCUC